UAAAAAUUUAGUUGUUUUUGCACUAUUGAUGUUUAAAACAUUAUUUCGAACUUAAUCAUUACUUUUUUGUUUAUUUUUAUGGAGCUCUGCACUCGACAAAGUCUAGCGAGAAUGACGAUUUGGACCAGGCGCGCCUUUUAUACUUGUUUAAGCUUGCACCUUACAAAGUGCGCAGUGCAUGACAGCAGGUUUCCAUGUAAAGUGCGCGCGCAUGAUCAUAGCUGGAAUGGCCUAUUAGCAUGAGUAGACAGUCUAGCUUGACACGGACUUCAUGUCUAGGUGUAUUCUUACGUACUACGAUGUCAGGCAUUUCUUUGAUUUUAUAUUUUGAUGGCACCUACUAAACGGCUAGAGUUCCUUGGAUCCCUGCUUCUUUGCAUGUGUAGGAAAAUGCUGACCUCAAAAUGCUAUACUCCUUCCAUCGACUGACACCAGCUCAGGGGUCAUGUUCUCGAGUCAUUUUUUGUGGAGCACAUGCAUUUCUGCUUUAAACGAAGAAAGAAGCGAGAAAAGUGCUACAGUAUCAAUUUUAAUAAGAUGACGUCCGCGUGCGAACUAAACAAGAGCACAAAGACAGUGAAUCCCAGUGAUUUUGUGCCCAGUCCACACAUGGUCUACUUUGAAUAUCCUUUCAGAGGUAAGAACGCCACGAUUAAGUAAGAGAAACGAAAGAGGACUAAUUAAGUAUAUAGGUCUUUAGGCGGGAAGGAAAAGGUGGGCUUGCGAUGAAUUAUGGGAAGGAAAAGGUGGGCUUGCGAUGAAUUAUGGGAAGGAAGAGGUGGGUUUGCGAUGAAUUAUGGGAAGGAAAAUGUUGGCUUGCGAUGAAUUAUGGGAAGGAAAAGGUCGGCUUGCGAUGAAUUAUGGGAAUGAAAAACUCUUGCGUCAAUAGAGGCGAGUGUCUUGGUGGAAACCCUGUGGCAUGCUCAUGCCCUGCGCAGUUCAAGGGAUCUCGGGUCGAGUUAAUUGGUAAGUUUCUCCUUGCCUCUUCUGAGUUCAUUUUGUUUGAUGAUGAGGUUUAUUGUUUUUAACUUUGUAAUAUCUGUUUUUGCUUUUUGUCAACAGCAAUGACGUCAAUGCCAUACUAUUCCCGGGAUUGCCCCGCCUAUCAAGUGAACCCUGAUUACAUUCAGAUGGACGCAUCUUUGACGAGAACGAUAGUCUGCUAUGUCCGAUUUCUUACGUCAGCUGCAAGUGGUGUCAUCGGCCAGCCAUACACAGUGUCAAUGGACUUGCGCGCUUGGGGUCAUGAUAAUCGCACCCAUUUUAUAUUCCCAGGCGUCAUCUGCAACAUCCAGGACAACGAUAGAUAUGAUGUUAUCAAUUUCAGAAUUGGUUACGCCGACAACUGUAUCCAGAGUUCUUACAUCAGGACUGGGGGAGUUAUGGUAAUAGACUUCACGACCGGUGAUUGCCUCCUCGGGUCCCCUUUACCAAACACCUGGUUUACAGUCUCUCUCAGCAUCACGCAAUUUUCCGUCACAGUCUAUGUGAAUGGCGCGUUUGCAAAGACUGUGACGCCACAUUACCCACUUCGACGACAGUUUGGUGUUGCGGUGAUAAAUUCCUAUAUCAGCGUCGCAGAAGCUAGGAAUAUUAAACUGGAGUGAGGCUAGAAAAGAAUUAUUGCAAAACAUCAGAAAAAAUGCUGGAUAGGAAUUAUGAAGAUAGUUUCAGUGAGGAUGAUGACGAUAAUGAUGACUCCAAUAAACCUUCAACCAUUAUAUGUUGUUCUCAGCAUUUAACUAAAUUAGCACAAAAGCGAAUGGAAUGGAAACGAAUAGAAGCUCGUGUCUUUCAGACUGAGUGCAAUUAUGUGCUGCUGCUGCUGAUGAUGAUGAUGAUGAUGAUGAUGAUGAUCAUGUAAGGUGGUUGAGUGAUGAGGCCUAAUCUGAAGGGAAAUUCUGAAACGUGUUUCAAAAUUCCAGAUUUUCAAAGUUUUUAAAAGUUUUAUUGAUGUUUUUGCCUUCUUUGUUGCUAUCACAUUAUUUUGCUGUAAAUAAUACAGAAUAAUACAAAUAAGAUGGCCAAGUCGCCAAGCAUGAUGUUGUAACGUUAUCCAAUACGUCAGAAAGUCAGUAAUUAGGUCCAAUCACACACAGAUUAAAAA